AUGGUGCAAAGUGAAAAGGGCUUCCUUGAUACGAGUGCCGCUGAUGGCUUGCUUGAAUAUCCCGACAAUGAUCCUCCUGGUCCGGCUACGGCUUACGACUGUGGCCGUAACUACGAGGCUGGCGGUACAGGCACCUAUGCCGACCCUCUCACAUUUGCCUCGGCUCCCGGCGAGUUUGAGCCAUGUGAGAUUAUAUGGGAUCCGUACACGCGAAAGUACUUGCGUUUCGAGGACUUCUGUGCUCAGUGUGACGCCGACUGGAAUGCUAGCCCGCGCAUAAACCACAUCGAUCUCUGGACUGGUAGCACCACUGUCAAUGGUGGCGACGAACAAAUCCAGUGUGAGAACGAUCUUACGCCAGGAGAGAGGAGCCAGACUAUUGUGCGGAACCCGUGGGACGGUUUCGAGCCAGACACAACCGAACUGUACGUCAAAGGCGCCAGCCCAGCCUGCCGUACCAACCAUAUCUUUCCCGAUUACAACAUUGGCAAUUACUGCUAG